AGAGAGCCAUGCCCGAAAAGAAUAGAUCACGAUUUGCGCGCUUCCUCUUUCAAAAUGAUACCCCCAUAAACAAAUCAAGCGGUCCACAUCCGGUCUUUCUUCCCUACACGUUGCUCGACCUUUAACUCCUCACUUUUUUCCUCGCAUUCGGCGUUUCCACGUCUAUACUCAUUUUGACCGUUUCUCUCUCCCGGCUUUCUACUUCUCCCUCCAUCCCUCUUCUUCUUAUUCUUAGUAGUGUGUGUGCGUCUUGCGUUUUCUCGGUAAUCUCUCUCUGCAAUGUCGAUCGAGAAGGAGAGAGAGACUCAUGUCUACAUGGCCAAGCUCUCCGAGCAGGCCGAACGUUACGAAGAGAUGGUUGAGAGCAUGAAAAGUGUUGCCAAACUUGAUUGUGAACUGACUGUGGAAGAGAGGAACCUUCUCUCUGUGGGCUACAAAAAUGUGAUUGGCGCCAGGAGAGCUUCUUGGCGCAUUAUGUCUUCAAUUGAGCAGAAGGAAGAGUCCAAGGGAAAUGAGCACAAUGUUAAACUGAUAAAGGGUUACUGUCAAAAGGUUGAGGAGGAACUCUCCAAGAUUUGUGGUGACAUCCUGACCAUCAUAGACAAGCACCUUAUCCCUUCUUCUACCUCGGGAGAGGCUACAGUGUUCUACUACAAAAUGAAAGGUGAUUAUUAUCGUUAUCUUGCUGAAUUCAAGGUUGACCAGGAAAGGAAGGAAGCUUCUGAGCAGUCUUUGAAGGGUUACGAGGCUGCUUCCAGCACUGCAAACACGGAACUUCCUUCAACCCACCCAAUUCGUCUUGGCCUUGCACUUAACUUCUCGGUUUUCUACUAUGAGAUCAUGAAUUCCCCUGAGAGGGCAUGCCAUUUGGCUAAACAAGCUUUUGAUGAGGCAAUUGCUGAGUUGGACACUUUGAGUGAGGAAUCAUAUAAAGACAGCACCCUGAUUAUGCAGUUGUUGAGAGAUAACCUUACUCUAUGGACUUCUGAUUUGCCGGAAGAUGGAGAUGAAGAAAACUUCAAAGGUGAAGAAUCCAAACCUGCUGAAGGCGAGCACUGAAGUUGUUUUUGAGAACCUUGCACAUGGCUAUUGGAUGUUAGACUACUUUGCAGAGGUGUCUACUUUAUUAUUGUUUCUCAUAAAAGAAAGCGUAAACAGCAUAGACAGUUUUUGACGUGGAUUUGAUCAUUUUGAGUUGAGUCCUUCCAACUUCAGAUGAUGAGAUUGAUCAAUUCCUACCCUUUUUUUUUUCCUAGAGAAGAGAACUAUUGUACUUCUCUUUUUCGUUCUUUCGCUUUUCCUUUUACUUGAUGUUUGUUUAUGUGAACUUGUCAUAAGGUGAUGCAUAUUUUCUAGAGUUAUCGAUAUUUUAGCUUUCAU